UGGAGCGACACUCUGAGGGUGCUUGGAGCGAACCCAAUUGAUUAUUUAGUAACCCCUCGAGUAAUUGCUUCGUGUAUUACUCUACCAUUUCUGACUCUGAUGUGUUUCACCGUGGGGAUGGCAUCCAGUGCCCUGUUAGCUGAUGCUGUUUAUGGGGUCAGCAUUAACAUUAUAAUGGAUUCAGCUCAUAGAGCACUUAGAUCGUGGGACUUAAUAAGUGCAAUGAUCAAGUCCAUGUGUUUUGGUGGUAUCAUUUCUACUAUGAACUGUGCAUGGGGCAUAAAUACGAUUGGAGGUGCCAAAGGUAUGGGAGAGUCGACAACUUCAGCUGUCGUCAUCUCUCUCGUGGGUAUCUUUGUUGCUGAUUUUCUGCUCUCUUCAUGUUUCUUCCAAGGAGCUGGAGAUUCUCUAAAGAGGUUAUAG